AUGAAGGAGGACAGCCAGGACCAGUAUGAUAGCAGAAUGAAGGAGGACAACCAGGACCAGGAUAAUAGUAGAAUGAAGGAGGACAGCCAGGACCAGAAUGUGGAUUAUCAGGACCUCUGUAUAGUUCAAAUAAAGGAGGAGAACCUGGACCCAUAUUUCGUCGAUCAGGACCACUAUAAAAGUGGAAUUAAAGAGGAGAACCGGGACUCUGAUUUUACUGACCAGGAUCACGACAAGAGCAGAAUAAAGGAGGAAACCCAGAACUCGGAUUUCAUCGAACAGGACGAAUAUAUUAGCGAGAUAAAGGAGGAGAACCAGAUUCAAGAUUUCAUCAAACAAAGCAGCACAAAGAGACCCAAAUGUCACCGCUGUCAGCAAUGUGACAAAGCCUACCCAUCACCAUCACAUCUAAAGAUUCAUCAGAGAGUUCAUGCUGGAGAGAAACCAUACGGUUGUGACCAAUGUGGAAAAGCAUUCACGGAAAUGAGUAACUUAAAAAAACAUCAACAAAUUCAUACUGGAGAGAGACCAUACAGGUGUGACCAGUGUGGAAGAGCUUUUACUCGGAAAAGUCACCUUGAUUCUCACUACCAAAUUCACACUGGAGAGAAACCAUACACCUGUGAGCAAUGUGGAAAAACUUUCACUCAAAAGAAUAGCUUAAAACAACAUCGCCAUAUUCAUUACCGAGAGAAACCAUAUAGAUGUGACCAAUGUGGGAAAAGCUAUAUUCAAAAAAGUAACUUAAAAUAUCAUCAACAAAUUCACACUGGAGAAAAACCAUACAGCUGUGACCAGUGUGGAAGAACCUUUACUCGGAUAUAUGACCUUAAUUCUCAUCAACGCAUUCAUACCGGAAAGAGGCCAUACAGUUGCGACCAAUGUUGCAAAACCUAUACUCGGAAAGGUCAUCUGAAGACUCAUCAACGAAUUCAUACUGGAGAGAAACCAUACAGCUGUGACCAAUGUGGGAAAUGCUUCAUUGCACUCUGUCAUCUAAAAGUCCAUAAAUGUGUACAUGCUGGAGAGAAACCAUACAGGUGUGACCAAUGUGGAAAAUGUUUUACUCGGAUUAGUAACCUAGAAGCCCAUCAAAGAAUUCAUACUGGAGAGAAACCAUUUAUUUGUGACCAAUGUGGAAAUAGUUUCACAGAAAAGAGUACCCUAAGAAAACAUCAACAGAUUCACACUGGAGAGAAAUCAUACUGGUGUGACCAAUGCGGAAAACCUUUCACUACAAUGAGUAGUUUAAAACAACAUCAACGAAUUCACAGUGGAGAGAAACCAUAUGGAUGUACCCUAUGUGGUAAAACUUUCACUGUAAAUAGUAGUUUAAGAAAACAUCAACAGACUCACACUGGAGAGCGACCAUACAGCUGUGACCAGUGUGGAAGAACUUUCACAUUAAAGAGUAGCUUGCGAAAACAUCAACAAAUUCACACUGGAGCCAGACCAUACAGCUGUGACCAAUGUGGAAAAACCUUUACUCGUAAAAGUUACAUAAAACCCCAUAGAAGAGUUCACACCGGAGAGAAACCAUUCAGCUGUGACCAGUGUAGAAAAACUUUCACUACAAAGGGUAGUUUAAAGCAACAUCAACGUAUUCACACUGGAGAGAAACCGUACAGCUGUGAUCAGUGUGGGAAAACAUUUACUUGGAAAAGUCACCUAAAUUCCCAUCAACGGCUGCACAAUGGAUAGAAACCGUACAGUUGUGACCAGUGUGGAAAAACGUAAGUGUGACUUGGAAAGGCACCAACACAUUCGCACUGGAGAUGUACUGUAAUGGUAUGACCACAAUGAUCAGGGAUUGCCUUUACCGAGUAGUCUAAAAACCCACCGGUUUUCUGCAACCUUCAGGUUUUUAUGUUAAAUUUAUCCUAACUCUUGAUAGAACUUUCUCUUACACUGGUGAUAAGUCAAAAUAUUAUGCUAAUAUUUUGUUAAUCUGUCAAGAAAGAAAUAUAGCCAACACCCUGGUGAAAUUUUUAACAGGAGUGUAAUUUGGAAGGAGUGAAAUGGCUAAUAAAAUGUUUUGAAGUAUUUAUCUUUAGAUUCCAAUUAACCAUUAAUAACAAUGCCAAUUUAUCAGCAGUCAACUCAGACUGUAAGAUGAAUGUGACAUACUGUAUAAUACAAUGGUGAACUCUGUACCUGUUGUAGUAAAACCAAAGGAAGAUGUGUACUUAUUGUAGGCUAAGUAUAUACUGUAACCUGUUUUUAAUAUUAUGUUUUAGUGGCCUUUAUAGUUGUCUCAAUUCAUGGGCCACUUUCUUUCAAGGACCCAGUCUAUGAAAGUGUGGCCUAUGUAUGUGUCAUAGACCACAAAGACUGAACCAUGGGCUAUACUGAAAUGAGCCGGUCUGCUCUACAGAGGAUUUCAUAUUUACAUUACCAACUGCCCUCACCAUUGCAUUACACAGCACCACUUCCUAGCAACCUUGAUAGCAGCUCUGCUCUCUGCUGGCAUGCAAAGAAUCUUGGGAUAGGGUGGGCUGGGAAAGAUCCAUGCGGCGGAGCCGUCAUUGCCUGGCAAAAGAAGGAUGCAUUUCUUGGCCGCAUUUGAAGGAGUCUUCGAAAUGGGAUGGUAUUGUUGUGCCGCUGUGACGCAAUCGGUCUUCAAAUGCAGCCUUCAAAGGAUGCGUCCCCUCAAUUGGGACACAGUUUAUUUAUGGCAACACCCUCUUGUACACAGAAAAAGAAGGUGAUGCCACAGAUAACAGGUGAAAGCUGCUGAAUAUUCAUUUUCUCUGGCAAAGUUACACAGUCUAUGUAGAUUAUUUUUUACAACAGUCCUAUUCCUUUCCUGGACCUCCUCCAGAAAAGACUGUGGUGGGUGGCACUAUACAUAGAGAGACAGAUUUAAAAAAAACAAACGGUAUGGUGAAUAAGAAAAAGAGAGUUCCUCUUAAUGAAGUGGUUUGAUACACACAAGAUCACCAUGAAUAAAGCCUACACAAAAUAUGUAACCAUGUGAACCAUUAAAGACAAUAAAAAAAAAGGUACCUGUUCCAGGUGCUUUGGAGGAUAUCAAAGAGAUAAUCUAAGAUCAAGUCAGCAGCAGACCAAAAAAACACUGCUUCACCGCAACAAGGAACUGCUGUCAGCAUACUAUGAUCCAGUUUCAUGUGAUCUGUCCAGCAUCAUUUUAUGCUGUCUAAGCAGCUGGACUCAGUUGUAUAUAGGUCAUUCUGUACUUUUUGUUUUUGAGGCAGUGAAUAUUUAUGACUUUUACUCUUCUUCAAAUAGUGUUUAUGUGGUGUAUUCAAUAAAUCUAUAAAGAUGGACUGAAUUCUCUGUUCAACUAAGAACUCACAAAAUAACACUAAUCAUUUUAUUAUAAAACACACAUGAUAAACAGAUUUUUCAAACCUGUACUGUUUCUGAAUAUGUGUGUAAACAACACAUUUAUCAACAGCCAUUUCAACUUGGUGAGUCCCAUCUGUUUCUAAUGGGAUCUUUUAGCAUUCAGUGAUUGUCAAGUGCUCUACAGACACCUGCUGGUGGUUGGUUGCUGUUGCGCUCUCUGAACUCACAUCUUGGAGCCACUUCUUUGUGUCAGCCUAAAAUUUAGUACAGACAUUAAGGACAUGCUGAGGAUGAUAUGAUGUAAACAGCUGACACUGUGACUUAUUUACAGCCUUUUAAAGAUGAAUAAACAUCUUAUUUGCUUUGUCUUCACCAUCUAGGGUAAUUGUAAAACAAUGAAAACUGUAUGUUUUGCUUUACAGUGACACCAUGGACAUACAUCUGUCCCAUACUUUUGGAGUCAAACAGUUAAUGACAAAGAUGUAAAUAUGAUUAUCCGCCAGAACAUUUGAUGUUUUGCAACAUGUCAUUAGUGGUGUGACACUUCCUUGCUGAGCAUCCUGGGCCUACUGCAGGGCAAUCUGAAAAACCAGAUGUGUAUAGGCUACACAUCUGGUAGUAGGUCUACAGUAUUUAGCAAGACCAGGUUUAUUUAUAAGCAGUGUACAUUUAAUAAUCUGAAUGCAAUUCAUUUGUUAAUCUGUGUAUUCAAACAGGAAGACAAAAGGAGCUUGAUGAGGCCUGGGCAGUCAUGGAUACUCCCACAGCUUGCUCUAUUAUCUACUAAAGAUUUUGUAGCUGUUUUUAUCAGGACAUGCCUCACAGAGAACCUCUGCCCAAGUAAACAAAAUAAUGACAUUCUUUCACAGUUCGAUAGGGAUGGAGCAGCUUUCUCUUCACUACCCAUAUCCCCCAAAACAAAGGAGCUCUAUUUUAAAAUUAUGAAUAACAUCUAUCACUCUGGAGAAUGUUUAAGGCUUCACUCCAACAUAGAUAACAACACAUGCUCAUUCUGUAACAAUGACAUUAAAAACACAUCUUUCUUUUUAAUAAAUAACUUUUAAAAAUGGUUAAAUGGAUUGAUUUCUGUAAUUGGCUGUCACCAGUGGUUCCACACCUACAGUAUAAAUAGUUGAAUUGUUGGUAUUAAAUCGCUAAAAACAAUGAAAUCAGAAAAGC